AGGCCACCGACAGCCAUAGCGUAUAUGUAACCUUUGGACUCCCAAUUCACGCAUCCACCAGCACUCACAUACUUAGGGUUCCCACUCACUUCAUGACUACAAUUCAAAAUCACUAUAUACUCGUACAAAAACUUAUCACCAUCAACAUACCAAGGAUAGGACCUAUAAUAACGGUAAGGACGCAAGGCGUAAGAAUCAGUGAUGUAAGUGAAAUUGUACGGAGACAAAGAAUAGCGAGGAAGGGAGGAGCAGUUUGUGGGUUGAAGUCCAGGAUCCACCACUCGGAUUGUGAAAUUAUUGUAGUCGAUGGCCUCUACACGAAAUGUUCCAGAGAACAGAGAUAACAGCGUUAUAUUGUUUUCACAAGAUAACUCAUACCGACCGCACACUUUUGGGUCUCCUUUCAAUCGGAAUGGAUAAGAUAUGUUGGUGAUUUUGCCACAGGAAGAGACGGGGCAACCAUCUUCUCCGUCAAUUUGGUGAAGUAGAAAUACUAACACUAUCAAGAAGAUAAAGGAGAACGUGAAUAUGAGGAAUUUGACUCACUAUACCCAAGCUUCCAGUUGGACUUGUGUGGCUGUGAAUUUCGAAGAAUUUGUAUGAGUGUGACUCUCACUGAAUUACUGUUUGGGGGAGUCAAUUCCUGGAACUUAAUAAUAUGUACGCACCUUAGACAUUGAUAUAAUUAUAUAUAUAUAUGACACCCACCUAAUUAAGGGAUUUCAUUUUUCCUAUAAAAGAUAUUUUUUGAAAACGCAGACUUUGACUCAUGACAAAUCAUAAGUCUUUUUUAUCUUUUCUAUGUGGUUUCGGCUUAUGAUACUAGUUAGAAGUUUUAGCGUAAACUGAAAGAGGCACUCAGCUUGGUUUGUUAAACAUGAUGGCAAGUGUGUUGCUCCUCCAACGUGAUUCUUUAUUGAUGAAGCUAUCGCUAAUGCUUAUUCUUAUCAGAAGUGGCAGCGCUCAUAACGAGUGCCACGAGGAAAACUUGUCUUGUGGGCCGAACGAACCCCUUAUCAGAUUUCCCUUCCAACUCGUAAAGGAGAUGAAGGAGCCAUGCAGUUAUCCCCGUCUUUGUCUUUCUUGUACUGAAAAUAAUCAGACCAUGCUUCUGCUUCCAACGAUCAAACUCCAAGUCAAAAAUAUAUUCUACGAAGAUCAGGAAAUAGUCUUAACUGACCCGGAAAACUGCUUGUUCAACAAGUAUAUGCAAAUAACCAAUUUUGUUCAGAGUUACCAAUUUGAAUUAUACGAUACAAACUUGAGCUUCUUCAAUUGUACUUCAGCUGGGCAUCGACACGUCCGCUACCGCUACAGGGAAGACUCGUAUUCCCAAGAUUUGGUCUCCUGUCCGAUUUUCAUUUCUGAUUCUUUUGAAAGUGUCCUCGAAUUAGAUCUAACAUCCUGUACCAAGAUGUUCGACAUCCCUUCGCCAAUCCUUUUCACCGACGGGUAUCCCUUGUAUUUGAGAUGGUUCAAACCAAAUUGUUCUGAGUGCGAAGCUAAAGGCAAGAGAUGUAAAUGGAAGACCAACAACGACACAGGAGACAUCGAAUGUUUUGAAUGCACACGAAAAAGAAUUCACGUUCCUAAAUCUCUUAUUUUUGCUACUACAGGUUCGAUCUUUUUGGGGCUGGUGGUCACAGCUGUCUUUAUGAGCAUUCUCUAUUUUAGGGAAAAACAAGAAGAUCAAGCAAGAGUGGACAAGUUUUUAGAGGACUACAGGGCAGAAAAGCCUGCAAGAUUCACCUACGCCGACCUUAAAAGAAUCACCAAUGGCUUUAAGGAAAUGUUAGGAGAAGGAGCUCAUGGGGCUGUGUUCAGAGGUAAACUUUCCAGUGAGAUAUCCGUGGCUGUGAAGAUCCUCAACAAUACAGAGGGAGAAGGGAAUGAGUUCAUCAAUGAAGUGGGAAUUAUGGGCAAAAUCCAUCACAUCAACGUGGUGCGCUUGCUUGGCUUCUGUGCAGAAGGACUCCAUCGUGCUCUUGUCUACAAUUUCUUUCCAAACGGUUCCUUACAAAGCUUCAUAUUUCCACCAGAAGACAAGGACCAUUUCCUUGGCUGGGAGAAGCUUCAACACAUUGCUCUUGGUAUAGCUAAAGGGAUUGAGUAUCUUCAUCAAGGUUGCAAUCAUCCCAUUAUUCACUUUGACAUCAAUCCUCACAACGUGUUACUUGAUGACAACUUCACUCCAAAAAUAUCUGAUUUUGGCUUAGCCAAAUUGUGUUCCAAGAAUCCNAGUUUGGUGUCCAUGACAGCUGCUAGGGGAACCUUGGGAUACAUUGCACCUGAAGUCUUCUCUAGAAACUUUGGAAACGUAUCUUACAAGUCUGAUAUUUACAGUUAUGGAAUGUUGUUGUUAGAAAUGGUUGGUGGGAGGAAGAAUGUGGACAUGUCUUCUCCAGAAGAUUUCCAUGUUCUGUACCCUGAUUGGAUCCAUAACCUGGUUGAUGGAGAUGUUCAUAUCCAUGUUGAGAAUGAAGAUGAUUUUAAGAUUGCAAAGAAACUAGCAAUUAUUGGGCUUUGGUGCAUACAGUGGCAGCCAGGGAAUCGUCCAUCCAUAAAAUCUGUGAUACACAUGCUAGAAACUCAAGAGGAAAACCAGAUUGCCGUGCCUCCUAAUCCAUUUCACUCAACAACUUCCACAAAAGUUAAGGGACCCAUUUCGACAAGACGACCUUUGCAUUUGGAAGUGAUUGAAGAAUGAUUUACACCGAAAAAAUAAUCUUUCAACUUGUACGAAAUUUAUAGAAGAUGAAAGUUUGAGACAUUAAAGCAAACAAGUUAUAUAACAAAAUUAGUAAAAUUGAACUCCAGAGCUCGUUUGUAACUUUACUAGGGGUUGCCAUGAUCUUUCCAUUAGUGUUGGUACUUUUAGAGAUUCAACUAGUGACUUUGUUGGUGCUUUUAAUAUUUUUAAUUUUGUUCCUAAUGCAAUUUUUGCUGACGCUCUCACAACAAUCCGUAUUUAACUUUCCCGUUUG